GGGACAUUUUCGCGGCAAUCUGAACGUGAUACAAAGACUGUUGAUGAAUAUGACAACGGAGUUUUUAUAUUAAUAUAGAAGUGUUACAGAUUCUGAAUUUUUGAACAUCAGAGGACACAACAACAAUGGCAUCAGUCACUGCAGAGGACAUCAAAUCUGAACUGGACACUUUCAACAUAGCCUUCAACAAUGACACUGUGGAUAAAAUGUUGGAGCAGUGUUUGUGUCGCAGGCUGAAGGGGGAUGAGAUCGUAUUUGAGUGGUUUGCUUUCAGCUCCAGUAAAGACCAGCUGCCGCUCACUCUUGAUAACCUGGACCAGUUUGAACAUGAAGUUAGUACAAAUACUGAAUCACUCAUCAGCAGCUACAAAUACAUGUUCCAGAGACUGAGAGACGUGCGGGACGUUCUGACUGAAAAGAUUGAAGAACUUGGAGAAGAACUCCGGAGUCGUUUUAACAUAGAGGAAUUCUCUGCAGUUUCGUUACCUGUUCAGGAUAGCAUCACAGUGCUGGGUCAAGUGUGUUGUGACAGUAACGGGAAGCUCAAUGCCCAAUCUGUGCUGCUGGAGACCGGACAGGAACAGGGGGGCAGACAGGUGCCUGUGGAUCUGUCUGAGCUCAAAGAGUUCUCACUUUUUCCUGGACAGGUUGUUGUCAUGGAAGGUAUGAACCCCUCUGGGGAGACGUUUGUUGCUACCAAAUUAUAUGAGGGUAUUCCCCUGCCUUUUCACUGUCCUCCUGAAGUGAAACAAGAAAUGGAUGAAGUGUCUGAGCCUGUGAUGGUCGUGAUGGCUUGUGGACCGUACACCCCCUCUGAAAGUCUGACCUAUGACCCUCUGAUUGACCUCAUUACUAUCAUCAAUAAAGAUCGGCCUGAUGUGUGCAUUCUGGUGGGUACAGCUUUAGACACAUUUCUUGCAACUCCUUCUCAAAAAUAUGGCAUGCGUGGUGGGCGAGGAGAGGUGGUUUCGUCGUUUGGGGCAGUGCAGGGUCCUCGCUGGACGGGUAAAGGACAGAGCUCUGUGAGGGUCGAGAUGCUGGAAGGAGGAGAGAAUUCACUCAUCAGCAGCUACAAAUACAUGUUCCAGAGACUGAGAGACGUGCGGGACGUUCUGACUGAAAAGAUUGAAGAACUUGGAGAAGAACUCCGGAGUCGUUUUAACAUAGAGGAAUUCUCUGCAGUUUCGUUACCUGUUCAGGAUAGCAUCACAGUGCUGGGUCAAGUGUGUUGUGACAGUAACGGGAAGCUCAAUGCCCAAUCUGUGCUGCUGGAGACCGGACAGGAACAGGGGGGCAGACAGGUGCCUGUGGAUCUGUCUGAGCUCAAAGAGUUCUCACUUUUUCCUGGACAGGUUGUUGUCAUGGAAGGUAUGAACCCCUCUGGGGAGACGUUUGUUGCUACCAAAUUAUAUGAGGGUAUUCCCCUGCCUUUUCACUGUCCUCCUGAAGUGAAACAAGAAAUGGAUGAAGUGUCUGAGCCUGUGAUGGUCGUGAUGGCUUGUGGACCGUACACCCCCUCUGAAAGUCUGACCUAUGACCCUCUGAUUGACCUCAUUACUAUCAUCAAUAAAGAUCGGCCUGAUGUGUGCAUUCUGCUUGGGCCUUUUGUUGAUUCCAAACAUGAGCAGAUUGAGAAAAACCAGGUAACGGAAACAUUUGAAACCAUCUUCAAGAGAUGUGUGGAUAGCAUAGUGGAAGGAACCAAAGGGUCGGGAUGCAGGUUGGUGUUUGUGCCGUCUCAGAGGGAUGUCCAUCAUCAUUACAUUUAUCCUCAGCCACCCUUCAACCUGAGCAACCUCAGCAAAGAUGAUUCAGCGCGAGUGACCUUAGCUUCUGACCCCUGCACGCUCCUCAUCAGUAAUGUGACAUUUGGCCUGACCUCUACAGACAUUUUGUUUCAUAUGGGAGCUGAAGAGAUCAGCAGUGGCACGGGCACGGAACGUUUCACACGGAUCAUGAAACACAUGUUGACCCAGAGGAGCUAUUAUCCUCUCUAUCCUCCUGCGGAGGAAGUUAACAUGGAUUAUGACAAGUUUCAACAAUUCAGCCAAAUGAACCUCACUCCUGAUAUUCUUAUCGUUCCUUCUGAACUUCGGUAUUUCAUCAAGGAUGUGAUUGGCUGUGUGUGUGUCAAUCCUGGCCGUCUCACUAAAGGACAGGUGGGCGGGACUUACGGAAGGUUACUCAUUCAGCCAAACCCUGUGCUGGUGGAGGGGAAGAGAGUGAGCCCAUGUAUUGCAGGACAGGUGGUGAAAAUAUGAUACAAUUGAUCCUUUCUACUGCUUGAACUUUAUUAAAUCAUGUCUGUAUUUUUUUUUAUGUCUGUAUUAAAACUUUUCACUUAAAGUGGCUGGAAAAUAAAAUACUUUGUAAAAGGUAAUGUUAAUAGAUAAUGUUAAUCGAAAAGCCAACUAGCCCUUAAGCAUUCAGGUCUGGCUUGAUUCUGUGUGGAAUGGCCUUUUUACUUGUUGAAUAUCCUGUUUCACCUAAAUGCAUGGCAUUACAGAUGUACAGCUGGUGGUGAAUGUGGUUAUAUAUCAACCUUUAUUGAAGGAUCAGCCAGAACUUUAUUUUAAAAAGUAAAUUAAUUGGUAAACAACAUUUCUUAUAUUCAGAGUGCUUUUAAAACAUUCUCAACUGAGCCGUGACAAAAAGCUUAAAUAUACAUUACUCUGAACAUAGUAACAGUGAGCACAUUUACAGGUAAAUUACAUACAUUGGAGAACUGUGUUCAUACAGGUCUU